UUUUAAAAUAUUGAUUAAUGAUUUUCAGAAUAUCUAGGUCCUGUUUUUCAAGUAUUUCUGUGAAAUUGGUAAAAUAUAUAAAAUAAUAAAUAUAGCCACCAUUUAAAGUACAUCAUUUAGAAUUAGAUUAACUUCCAUAAACAGCAACAACAACAUCUUCUGAAUUACUAGCUUAUUAUAAGAGUAUGUAAUUAUAAAGACGUAUGGAAAUUGCAUGUGAUAAUCUAUAUAAAUAGAGAUUGAUAAGAGGUAUAUAAAAUUAUAUAAGUAUAAUAGGAUUUUUACAUUUGGCAGAUGGUCAAGAAUCAAUAUAUGAAGGAUUGCAUGCAGGAUUGACAUUUGAUGAUUGUGUAAUAACAGCUUAUAGAGAUCAUUGUAUAGCAUUACUUAGAGGAGAUACUCCACAUUAGAUAAUAGCUGAAAUGAUGGCAAAAUAAACAGGAAGUACAAAGGGUAAGGGAGGAUCUAUGCAUUAUUAUAAAAAAGCAACAAAUUUUUAUGGAGGUCAUGGAAUUGUUGGUGCUUAAAUCCCAUUAGGUACAGGAUUGGCAUUUGCAUAAAAAUAUUUAAAAAAACCAAAUGUGACUUUAAUUAUGUUUGGAGAUGGUGCAGCUAAUUAAGGAUAAUUAUAUGAAGCUGCUAAUAUGGCUUAAUUAUGGCAUUUACCAGCAAUCUAUUUUAUUGAAAAUAAUUUAUUUGGUAUGGGAACAUCAAUUGACAGAGCUAGUGCUAAUACUAAAUUUUAUACAAGAGGAGAUGUUAUUCCAGGAAUAUAAGUAUUUAGUUAUAUCUAUUCCUAAGAUUGAUGGAAAUAAUGUAUUCUAGGUUAGAGAAACACUUAAAUUUGCUAAAAAACAUUGUCUUGAAAAAGGACCAAUCUUUAUUGAAGCUAUGACAUAUAGAUAUCAUGGACAUUCAAUGAGUGAUCCUGGUGUUACAUAUAGAACUAGAGAAGAAGUUUAAUAAUAAAGAAAAACUAGAGAUUGUAUUAAUUAUGUCAAAAAUAUCAUUCUUGAAAAUAAAGUUGCUGAUGAACCAUAAUUAGAAGUAAAUAUAUAUUAUUAUUGUAAUAUUAUAGGAAAUUGAUAAUUCUACAUAAAACGAAAUAGAUAUUGCUGUUGAAUAAGCUAAAGUUGAUCCAGUACCACCAAGCACAGAAUUGACAACUGAUGUAUAUGUUGACAACGAAAAUCAUUUCAUUAGAGGAAUCUUAUAUAAAGAUAGCAUAGUACCAAAGAGUUAAUGAUCAUUUAAAUAAAUAAUAUAUAUAUAUAUAGGAAUACAU